AUGUCUUAAAUUUAAUAUCAAGCCUCUGGAGAUUCUCCCCUUGUGGCGUUUGAAGAAGAUAAUGGUGAACUUAAUUCCUUUUUUGCUAAAAUGAAGAGUGUUGGUUGGAAUCAAGCAUCAUUAAAUAAAGAACAUUAAAAGUUAGCAACCUACAAUGAAAUCAUGAUAUAUUUUGUUAAAGUCUUUGUCUUAUUGGCUUUAAUGCUCACUACUUUUUAUGGGAUGGCUUUUAUUUUAUUAGCUACAAAGGCAUAAAUAAUAAAAAAUGGCGAAAUUGUUCAAUUCAAUUUUAUUCUUUAUAUAAUAAGCUUUGUAAUUACUCUAUUAAUAGGAAGGUGGGCAUAUUUUAGUGAAAGCUCUAGAAAGGUAUAAAUGAUAAAUUGAAUUAGUUUCCAUUAAAUAUUUUUGUUAUCUUUUAUUCACAUCUGGUGCAGCCUAUGUAUUUGGGUAGCCUCUAUCAUGGAUCUUAGAAGAUGGGUACUAUUCAGGCUAAGAUUGGAUAAUACUACUAUAUUUAUUUACUAUGA